AUGAGUAUCAAGGUGUGGCUCUUGUCUGAAGACUUACUCGGGUUCGAUCUCAAGGGCAUCACACAGAAGUUAUUAAUAUGUGGACCGAAAACAGAGAGAAUCAUCCAGUUGGUUUCGUUGAACUCGACGUUCGAGUAUCAGAAUAAAUGGCGAUAUUUCUGGAGAGGUCCUUACCAUGCAGAGGCUAAUGGGCCGCCAGGAACAAGAUAUCAAAGAGAUUGGUACUUGCGAAGCAGAAACUUGUUGACACCAGUGAUUAGUGAAGCAUAUGGUAUUAAUGCGAUGCAGAAGAGGUCUGUGAAUAAUUGCUUGGGGAUUCUAGAUGGGUCCCAACUUUGCGCUAUUGAAAACCUUAACCAGUCGGUAUAUCCAUCGGCAUUGAGAGUAGACCUAAUGACUUGGAUAAUCUUAUAG